AUGAGAAAAUUUCUGAUUUUUCUGAUAUUUUUGGUGUCGGUUUGCUGGGCUGGAAAAUUGCCAAAUUUUGAGCAACGAGCUGCUGAAAUUGUGAGUUUGGAUUAAUUGGGUUGACUUUUUGGGUUUCUGAGACUAGCCCCAAAUUCUACAGUAACAUGCACAAUUUACAGUAACCUAGAUGAUAUUUAAAAUUUUAAAAAUCUCGAAAAAACCAGCCAAAAAAUUAAUUUCCAAAUUUUUGCAGCUCAUAAAACACGAAUACAAUUUCGACACUUUGACUGGAGAAGCGCGUAGAAAACGUCUGGAAUUGGCGACAGCUCCAACUGAAAUUCGAUUUGAAGGCGAUGUUGGUUUUUAUAAUGGAAAUGUUAGGGAUCGACCAGGACAUGAACGCUUCAAAGAUCCAGAAAGGGGAUAA